CAGCACGCCGCGGCUUCUGUACCCGCUGGAACCAUUCUACGAGACUGGCUUUUACGAGGCUGUGAGCAUGGUGGUCGAGGGAAUGCUAUACCUGGCCGCGCUCUCGCUUGUGGACUCGCCAUUGAUUUACAGUCUGCGAUGGUACUUGGCCCGUCGUCUCUACGGUUCCGACGACGCCGACGAGGCUGCCGAGCAGCAGCUGCGCGGUCCCCGACUGGUCGCCAUUUCCAUGGAUCCCGAGGUGGAGCGCGAGGUGAACCUGGUGAACCAGGUCUGUCGCACCAGGGCGUUCAAGGACGUCGCCAUGGCGGUGCGCAACAUUCAGAAGACCGUCGGAUUCGUCGAACAGGUGGAAGUCGUGAACGGCGUGAGUAUCCUCCUGAACCGCGGCGAGUGCUUUGGCCUCGUCGGCAUCAACGGCUCCGGCAAGAGCUCGCUCCUGGAGAUCCUGGUUGGCAUCCAGGUCCCCACAGGCGGCGGCGCGUACACGGCCGCACUGUCGCUCGGCGGGGACCUGCGUGCCUGGCAGCAGGGCAUCGGCUACGCGCCGGACGGCGUCUUCGAGCAGAGCUUGCCUUACCUCACCGUGGGCGAGCUGCUGGACAUCAUGGCUAGGCUGCGAGGUGUCUCGUGGAGGCGCCAGGCGCUGCUCGGCGUCUUGACGCUCACUGGGAGGCUCCGGGAGGACCAGAUGAUCAACAAGUGCAGUCACGCCGAGCUGAAGAUGCUGGUGCUCGCGGCGGCAGCCAUCGGCGUCCCUCCCGUGAUGCUGGUGGACGAGCCGUACUCGGACGUGGAGCCGCUCUACCGCAACGAGAUCAUCCACAUGCUGCAGCUGCUCAAGGGCAGCCAGGCUAUGUCCAUCAUCAUGACCUCGCACCGCAUGUCGCACUGCGAGGUUCUGUGCGACCGGGUGGGCGUCAUGGAGGCCGGCAAGAUCGAGGCGCUGGGCGACGCGAUCCAGAUGAACCAGAAGUACGGCCGCAGCUACAUGGUGACGCUGCGGCUGCCGCCGGAGAAGCGCUUCGACUACUACUUCCAGCGCUGCCUCAUCGACCUGAUGCAGGACGAGUUCCACCAGUGCGCCUUCUGCCACAACUACAAGGGCAUGAUGAGCUUCAGCGUCGGAAAGACGUACACCAGCUGGAGCGAACUGUUCACCAAGAUGGUGGCCAUCAAGAGCGACCAGGGGCUUCCAGAGUUCUCGCUGUGCGACAUGACGCUCGAGCACAUCUUCGUGGGCCUCGCUCGGCGCCAGAUCCUCAUCACGGGCGUUCGGCCGCACAACUACCUGACCGGCGUGCCGUCGCGCGUGGAGCCAUCACUGCGCCGAUAAUAAAGAAGCGU